AUGAAACAGAAGGAAUGGAAAAUUCUAGUUGUUGAUGAAUUCGCUAUGAAAUUCCUUUCUACUUGCUUUAAGACUGAAGAGAUUUUUGCUUACAAUAUUGCUCUUAUUGAGCACCUUGAGCAAUUCAGAGAGCCACUAAUAUAUUUCUCUGCAAUUUAUCUUUUAUAUGGAACCACGGAAAGUGUAGACCUUCUGAAAAGUGAUCUCAUUACACAUGCCACCAUGUACAAGAGUGCUCAUCUAUUUUUCUUGUCUCCCGUCGAAGACGAAGUAUUUGAAAAUAUCUGUGAAUAUUCAAAUAUCGGUUUCGUUGAAACAUUCAAAGAAGUUGGUAUUAUGUUUAUACCAUGUGAAUCUCAAGUUUUUUCUCUAGAUGACAGGAUAUUUUUUUCAAGUUUCUUUGAUGUCUGCUAUGAAUUAAACAUGAACCAUGUAAAAGAGAUUGCAAAGAAGAUUGUAUCACUUUGUUCCACUCUUGGAGUUAUUCCUUUGAUAAGGUAUCGCAGGGCUUUUAUAAAAAAUCUUAUACUUGCACAGGCUGUGCAGCAGGAGUUGAAGGAGUAUGAAAAUUUUUCUUCUGCGAACAGUCGUAAUGAAUCUGAUGUUCAAUGUCAGUUUCUAGUGUUGGAUCGUGGCUUCGACUGUAUCUCUCCACUUGUCCAUGAAUUUACGUUUCAAGCAAUGGCGUACGACAUCCUGAAUAUUAACGAUGAUGUUUACGCUAAAAACCUUUCGAAUUCAAGCGAAACUUCCACGACGACAAAGAAAGAAGACAGCCUUCCCAUUUCUUUGACUGAAGACGACGAAACAUGGUGUCGUCUGAGGCACGAACACAUCGCUAAUGUCGGUAAAGCUCUCGAUAGUAUGAAAUAUGGCAUAAUUCUGGCCAGAGCAUCGGAGAGUCAUCCUCGUUUGCAGAAACUUCCUGAGCUUGGAGAUGCUGUUCGAAAGCACUUGAUUACACACAGAAAUGUAUCUCUGGAUAACUUCAGAAGCAUAGCUGGCGAAUGCAUGACUUUGUUCUGCAGAGGAUUAAACAUACUUGCUGAAAUGGAACAGAGUUUGGCUUUGGGAAAAUCCGCAGAAGAUAAACCCAUCACGAACAGCAUUCUACCAGACCUUAUGAACAUCCUUGCAAGUAAAAGUUAUGAAACCAAUGAAAAGCUCAGGGUACUGCUACUAUACAUUUUCUUCAAGAAGGGAAUACCUAAACAAAUUUUCUUCGACAUAUUAUCAAAAGCUGACUUAUCUUUCACUGAUGUUUAUCCGAUAACAAAUGCCCUUCAUUUAGACAUAGAUAUAUUUAGGCCUGGUAAAUGCAACGCGCUGGAUGACAUACCGGAAGCUGAAGAUACUGAUGAAGGCCCUGGUUCUGAUAUAUCUUUCAAGCAGUCGCGUUGGGUUCCUCUUGUGAAAACUGUAAUGCUAAGAUGCAUACAAGGGGAACUUAGCCACGAUCUAUAUCCGUUUCUUGAAGGUGGCAGCGAAGAACCUUUGCUAAAAGGAGGACAUUCUCGAUCCUGGUGUGCUGACGGUAAACGCGAAGACGCGUCAAAGCUGAUUUUCUACAUCGUGGGUGGAGUAACAUAUUCAGAGAUGAGGUGUGCUUACGAAGUGAUGAAAAUGUACCCUGAGUGGGAUAUAUUUAUUGGUGGUGAUACUUUAAUUACUCCGAAUGAGUUCCUCGAGAGGCUCGGAGGACUCAGCAGGUUUUUCGGGAACACUUGA